AUGCCGGAGGACAUCGAACGGCUGUGGACACCACCUUCGAAGGGAGCAGUUGAAGAUGACAAGUUCAUCCUUCACUGCGUGUCUGAGCAGAACUGGUCGGGAUUGGCCAUCAAAGACUUUGGUGCCAAGCAAGGUUUAGGAGUCGUAGCAACACGCACUUUUUCCAAAGACGACAUCGUCUGCGACUACCACGGCAGGGUCAUCCCAGCUGCAGAAGGGAGGGUGAUGUUGCAGGGCCUGCGUGACGAGGCCGGGUACCUGUUCUUCUUCAAAGCUGGAGAGAGAGACCUGUGCAUCGACGCCCAGACCUUUCCUUGCGAGUGCCACCCUGGUACAGACACCGUUGGCAGGAGGAUCAACCACUCCACAAAAGCCCCCAACCUGAAGCCCUUUCACUGCAGGUUGCAUGUGAAUGGGCAGGACAAGGACAUCAUCCUCUUCAGGGCACUGCAGGACAUCAGUGUGGGUGUCGAACUACGGUUUGACUAUGGAGUAAAGAGGAAGUCCUUCCGUGGAGAGGGCCUGGACCUUGACUGGCUGGAUGAUUGA